AUGCGGGCUGCGCAGGUCUCCUCGUGAUGACAGCAAAUGACAGCACUUUUCGCUCUAGCAGAAACCAGUCAGAGACAGCUAAGCGCCAACAAACAAUUCUCUUGAAUCGAGAAAUUUCAUGAUCAGCUGUGUUUAGAGACCAUACAGACCUCAAGUACAGACCAGUAAGAGUCGUGGUUUGUCUCGCUGCCUGCGUGAGCCAGUGAAGAUGGUGAAGCCAGACAUCCACACUCUGGCCCACCACCUGAAGCAGGAGCGGCUGUAUGUUGCCUCGGAGAAGCAGUUGAUCCAAAGGCUCAACAGUGAUGUGCUGAAGACGGCGGAGAGGCUGUACCGCGCUGCCUGGAUCGCCAAGCAGCAGAGAAUCAACCUCGAUCGUCUGAUUCUCACCAGCGCUGAGGCCUCGCCAGCGGAGUGCUGCCAACAUGCCAAAAUGUUGGAAGAUACACAGUUCAUCGAUGGCUACAAGACUCUGGGUUUCCAGGAAACGAUCUAUGGGGAGUUCGUGGCCAGAUUGAGGGAAAAUCCCAGACUGGUUGCAUCCUGCCUGGUAGCAGGAGAGAGGCUGAACCAGGAGCACACCCAGGGUGUCAUCCACACAGUCUUUACCUCCCUUUAUGGCAACUGCAUCAUGCAGGAGGAUGAGAGCUACCUGCUGCAGGUGUUGAGAUACCUGGUCGAGUUUGAGCUGAAGGAGAGCGACAACCCCCGACGCCUUCUCCGACGGGGAACCUGUGCCUUCAGCAUCCUUUUCAAGCUCUUCUCCGAGGGCCUGUACUCAGCCAAGCUCUUCCUCACUGCCACCCUUCACGAACCUAUUAUGCAGCUGCUGGUUGAGGAUGAGGACCACCUCGAAACUGACCCGGCCAAAGUGACAGAGCGCCUCACCCCGGCCCAGCAGGAACGUUUUGGAGAGAAAGGCUCAGAGGGCUACAAGCAACGGGUGCAGGCAGCCGUUGAGGCCAACGAAGCCAAGCUGGUGGCCCUGGUCAACAAGUUUAUUGGUUACUUGAAGCAAAACACCUACUGCUUUCCUCACAGCCUGCGGUGGAUUGUAUCCCAGAUGUACAAGACGUUGUCAUGCGUGGAGCGUCUGGAGGUGGGCGAGGUGCGCACCAUGUGCACAGACCUCCUGCUGACCUGCUUUAUCUGCCCGGCUAUAGUCAACCCUGAGCAGUACGGAAUCAUCUCAGACGCUCCCAUCAACGAGGUGGCCCGCUUCAACCUAAUGCAGGUGGGGCAGCUUUUGCAGCAGCUGGCUAUGACGGACACCGACCCCGACCCCAGACGGAAAAGCAGCCUGUCCAAGUUUGAUAAGAGUUGUGUUGCCGCCUUUCUGGACGUGGUGAUAGGAGGACGAGCCGUCGAGACCCCGCCCAUGUCUUCCAUGAACCUCCUGGAAGGCCUCAGUAGAACCGCAGUCUACGUAACUCACAAUCAGCUGCUGGCACUGGUGGACUUUGUUCGGAAUGUGAUGGCAGGGGACCAUCUUCGAGAAGAAGAGCACAUGGCCCUGGAAACCCUGCUGGCUAAUGUGCCCCAGUCUCGAACCGUAAAGAGCAACAGCCUGGAGCUGACUCCCUCCAACACCCCCCAGCUCUCCCCAGCGACCACUCCUGCCAACAAGAAGAACAGGCUGCCCAUAGGACAACACUUAGCCGCUAUAACAUCCUGGGACCCCACCACCACCGCUCUGUCUGCUCACAUUCCAUUAGUAACCCCUUUUGCAGCUGCUCGGAGCCGAAGCCGUUCCAACAUAGCCCAGGAGGGGGAGGCAGAGGCCAGCUCCCAGGAGUCCCUGCAGGAGCUGAUGCCAGAGGAGGUGCUGGUAAUUUCUCUAGGAACCGGUCCUCAGAGUGUCCCUGGGAUGAUGUCAGAGAAUGAGGUUUUGAACUUGCAGAUGGCUGAUGGGGCCCAGGGGGACGGUAGUGCUGAUGACACUAAGCUUCAUGGUAAACCAGACAAAACGCUGCGCUUCUCACUCUGCAGUGACAACUUGGAAGGAAUCUCAGAGGGUCCAUCUAACCGGUCUAACUCUGUGUCAUCUUUGGACCUGGAGGGAGAGUCUGUUUCUGAACUGGGAGCUGGACCAUCGGGCAGUAAUGGGGUAGAGGCCCUGCAGCUUUUGGAACACGAGCAGGCCACCACACAAGACAACCUGGAUGACAAACUGCGCAAGUUUGAGAUCAGAGAUAUGAUGGGCCUGACAGAUGACCGUGACAUUUCGGAGACAGUCAGUGAAACCUGGAGCACUGACGUGCUUGGCAGUGACUUUGACCCAAAUAUGGAUGAAGAUCGACUGCAGGAGAUAGCAGGGGCAGCUGCAGAAAACAUGCUGGGCAGCUUGCUGUGUCUCCCAGGCUCGGGUUCGGUUCUCCUCGACCCCUACGGCUCCACCAUCUCAGAGACCACCAGCGAGGCUUGGAGUGUGGAGGUUCUUCCCAGUGACUCGGAGGCCCCGGACCUGAAGCAGGAGGAGCGCCUGCAGGAGCUGGAGAGCUGCUCCGGGGUCGGGAGCACGUCAGACGACACUGAGGUCAGAGAGGUCAGCUCCAGACCCAGCACGCCGGGCCUCAGCGUGGUUUCAGGUAUCAGUGCAACCUCGGAAGACAUCCCCAACAAGAUCGAGGACCUGCGGUCAGAGUGCAGCUCCGACUUUGGCGGGAAGGACUCUGUCACCAGUCCAGAUGGGGAGGAGUCAAGCCAAGGAGCCCAUCAGCUGACAUCUCCACCUUCGCAGGCUGAAUCCCUACUAGCCAUGUUCGAUCCCCUGUCCUCAGGAGAAGGCUCUGCCACGGGUACAAUAGUGAGGCCCAAAGUGCACUAUGUCCGGCCCCCUCACCCUCCCCCCGAUCCCCCCAUCCCCGAAGCCAGCGCCCUGGGGCAGGACACCCGCUACUCGCACGUCAUCCCGCACUCUAUGGCCCAGGUGGAGCUGGAGCACACGAAGCAGCGCCACUCCUUCCCCGACAGGCUGGUCCGCAGCCGCAGCUCCGACAUCGUGUGCCCGGGCCGCCGGCCCACCAGUGACCCCGGCCUCAACCGGAGGGUGGCGGUGGAGGAGCGAGAGGCGACCGGAGCGUUUGCCUCCGGGCCGUCCUCAUCGCCCAGCAAGGACUCCCUGAAAGGAGAGGUUGAGGACAGGAAAGACAGCGAUGAUGAGAAGUCUGAUCGCAACAGACCCUGGUGGAAGAAACGUUUUGUGUCAGCCAUUCCCAAAGUGCUGUAUUGGACGGCUGAGAGUGAUGUUCCAGCUCCUAUCGCAGCAUUUAGGAAAAGAGACAAACAGGAGAAAGAUGAUAUCGCCCAGGAACGCGUCGCACAAGCCGCUUUGUUGGUGCGUGGCUUCUCAGAUGACCCGGUACCCAGAACGAGCACCCAGGCCCAGGCCGCUGAGGACAUCCUGGACAAGUACCGGAACAUCAAGAGGACCAGCCCCAGCGAUGGAGCCACAGCGGGAGCGUCCUAUGAUGGAGCAGGAGAUCUUUGUGUUGAGGACAAUGUGCACGACUCUCCAAGAGAAGACAAUCUGCAGAACAUUUCGACAGACGACCUCCCUGACUCAGCCAGCCAGACGGCUCAGCAGCACGAUUUCAAGUUCUCCUUCAGUGAUGCAAAGAAGAAGUUGAGGCUGGCUUUGUGUUCUGCCGACUCAGUAGCUCUCCCCAUCAUGACGCCAGCCACCACCAGGAAUGGCCUGCCUGAUCACAUGGAUCCUGAAGAGAAUGAGAUCGUUUGCUUCCUGAAAGUCCAGCUAGCGGAGGCUAUCAACCUCCAGGAUAAGAACCAGAUGGCCCAGAUUCAGGAGACCACACGCUGUGUAGGUCGCUUCGAUGCACGCACCUGCAGAAAACUGCUGGCUGCCAUCGCCGAGGAUUACAGAAAGCGGGCUCCGUACAUAGCUUAUCUGACCAGGUGCCGCCAGGGCCUGCAGACCUCCCAGGCCCAUUUGGAGAGGCUCCUCCAGAGGGUGCUGAGAGACAAGGAGGUGGCUAACCGCUACUUCACCACCGUCUGUGUCCGGCUGCUCCUUGAGCAUAUGGAGUCAAAGAUGCUUGACUUCAUUAAAGCGUUCCAGGGGUGCACAGCAGCUGACGAUAAGACGGCGUCCGUGGAGGAUUUCCUGCGCUACUUGUACGGGGCCAUGGCCAGUGAUGCCAUUUGGCAGUAUGCGAGCGAGGACCAGCUGCAGGACGCCCAGAUGGCCAUCGAACGCAGCGUCAUGAACCGCAUCUUCAAACUGGCCUUCUAUCCCAACCAGGAUGGUGAUAUUCUCAGAGACCAGCUUUUCCAUGAACACAUCCAGCGGCUCACAAAAGUUGUGACAGCAAAUCAUAAAGCGCUUCAAAUCCCAGAGGUUUACCUUAAAGAGGCUCCCUGGCCCUCUGCGCAGGCUGAGAUUAGAACCAUCAACGCAUACAAGACGCCACGAGACAAAGUGCAGUGCAUCCUCCGCAUGUGUUCCACCAUCAUGAACCUUCUCAGUCUAGCCAACGAGGACUCGGUGCCGGGAGCCGAUGACUUUGUCCCCGUGCUUGUUUUUGUCCUCAUAAGGGCAAACCCGCCCUGCCUGCUGUCCACCGUUCAGUACAUCAAUAAUUUCUACGCCAGCCGGCUGAGUGGGGAGGAGUGCUAUUGGUGGAUGCAGUUCACUGCAGCGGUGGAAUUCAUUAAGACCAUCGACGAUCGCAAGUGAAGCAGAACAGCCACCUGUAUGGGCAGACUGCGGGGGAAGGAGCCGGUAGACUGGGAGGCUUCCCAACCAACUGCUCCCUCUGCACAGCUUAGAAAACCUGGCUGUCAGCCUGCUCUUUAUUUGUAUAGCUUGUACAUAGCCAGAGACACUGAAACAUUACAAAGUAUAUAUUACUGUACUUGUGUGGACAAAUCCAGGUUUUAGCCGUUUGUGGAAAAAGAAAAAAAAAACGGCUUUGGGAAAAAGUUGGCAACAUCUUAACUUUGAAUCCGAUUUUGAUUUUCCUUUAUCCUUUUGUCUCUUGUCAGGUUCUUUUUGGGCUCCGUGUUAGGAAUUUUAUAUACACAAAAUUAUCAAUGUAAAAGAUAAUCCUCUAUAAAGGGACCAGACUUCCUUGAUGUAAUUGCUGAUUUUUUUUUCUUUUUUUCCCCCACCCUGAUGAGAAUGAAGGGCCUCCAAAUAAAUUGCAGCAUGUUCAUUAAAUGCAUUUUGAUGCAGGGAUUUACAGUCAUAAUUACCGAUGGGAUUUAAUGACCUCAAAACACUGAGAUCAAUACACAGUUAAUAGUACUUUCGUAAGGUUGGUAUACCAUAUAGUUGGGCAGCUUAUUUCCUAAAUAGUUUACUUCAUUUUAUUUCCAAGCAUGCAUCAUUUUGGACACCAGGCCCUACAUAUUUAUAUGAAAUGAAAUGUAUUUAUUUCUGUCAUUCUAUUUAAUGCUUUAUCUGAUUUUUAAAGAAAAGAAAAUGCAUAUCAUACCCAGUCAAGAUGUCUGAGGCAAGUAAAAGUGAACUUGCCUGAAAUGCUUGAGUUAGGAAGGCACCUUAGCACUGAGUAGCCCUUAGUAGUUGUUGCUGGGCAGUUGAGACGUACAGGGUCAACUCAUGCAAUGUAGUUGAGGCAUUUAAGGAUGUAUUGAAAAUAGUGCCUUUUAAGGUGGGGCGCUCUUCACAUGUAGUUUUUCCUCUCCUUUGUUUUUUUUUUCUCCUGAUUCCGUUUUAAAUUCCAAAAUGAGCAUUAUUCCCUCCACACUAUUGAUGGGCCAACCGCGUCUCACUGAGAAACCUUUUGUCCGGCACGAGGGCCGUACAAAACGGCUGAGUUCCCUCGGUGCCGGGAACUUGGGCCUCACCAGGUCCUUGAUUGUCAUGGUUUAGUCCCUUUAAUGCCCCUGAGUUGGAACAAGAAAAAAGAAAUCCCUUUGGUAUUCUCGAUCCUACCUCAGAGUUGACUCUAAUGGGCCUGUAGACGGUAGCUGUCCUGUGCUGGCUGACAGCAGAGUACUGGAUCCUCUUUGCACAGAUUAAGUGAUGAAAUUUUUGAUGGGGGGGAGUUGGCCGUUGUCCUACUUUGAUGCUUGUUGCGACUCAUUAUUUCCCCCCCUUUUUUCUUUUCUUAUCUCAAUCCUUUGUUCAGGAACAAAGGCAUUUUAUUUUAGUGAUAUUAUACCCGAGAUGCCACAUGUGUCAACAUGGGCAGCCUAUCAAACUGUUUUGGCUCUACCUCCUCAUAAGUUUAAAAAUGAAAAAAAAAAAAAAAAAAAAAAGGGACUGAUGUUUAUGUGCACUUAUUUUGUUUUUUCCCCCAUUUGGCGUGCUGUGAUAUGAAAGUAAUUUGUUUCUCUCCAGAUAUAAUUCAAGCAUUUCUUUAAUUAUUCAAAAAAAUGACUAAACUACUUUUUCUUCUUGAUAUCCCAUUCUUUAUUUUUUCUGUGUGCAGAUGUGCCACGUAUGUAAAAUAGUUUUUUCAAUAAUCCAUUACUUUCCACAGUUACUGACCUGACAGCACAACACACAGUAGGAUAGAAGAGCAAAUAAUCAACACUAUUGACUUGUUACUGACUUGCAGUUUAUUCUAAAGUGGUUGGUGUUGUACGUGAGUGUGGUUUUUGUCUUGUGAGUGUGUGUGAGAUGCUUGUGUGACUGGUUGACCCUCUGCCUCCUCUUGCAUGAAGUCAUUGGUCUGUACAUUCUCAAUCAUGAUGAACUGUAGAAUAGGAUUAGGCCAGUAAUUGAACCUGCAAGAGGAUGCAAAGCUUUUCUUUGUUUCCGUGAUACUUGCAUAUCAGAACUCGAUCCAGUUUGCACAAAACAAAUGUAUUUUCCUGGGAUCUCUGACAGGAAGCAGUGCAUUUGGACAUGCCCUUUUGGCCUUUAUCAUUUUCGCAAAACUAUUGUAAUUACAAAUAUACUGAAGUAGCAAAAUUAAGCACCUGGCUAUUACUCUCUCAAGCUGGUGAGAAGUCACAUUAAUGGGCAAUUUUAAUAUCUUGCCAGCAAAAGCACCCAAACAAGGUGACGUGUAUGUGCUGUGCACUUCCUUGCAAGAGUCUAUGUAAUCAAUUUGAUGAGAAAGCCAUGCACUGGAAAAUCAAGUUGCAGGUUGCAUCUAUACUAAUUAGGUUUAUGUGAUGUCACUUUAAUUGGGAAUACAUACUGCACAGAUUUGAUAAAAUUAUUGGGACCUGGCUCAUGCAUCAGAUGGUACAUCCUCAGCCGAUGGUUACGUAUGGGUACUGAUGAAUUCUCCAAAUUACUGCGCAAAAAAUACAUGCGAUUGUUUCAGCGACUGCAAAUUUAGCCUUCAUUGUAUGCAAAUGAGCAGGCUAAAGAGUCGGCCUGCUCGUCAGAGCUUUGCUGCUCUGCUCCCUGUGCAAUGGAAUUGAAAAGCUGAGCAGACAGAAAUACAAACAAAAAUAAAAAGUUUCAUUUUGCAUCUAACUUCAAAUUGAAUUGUAAGCUUGCACAACUCUGACAUGUGAGGAAGGCCGGUAUGUCUUUACUGUGAUUAAUGCAUUAUGUAAUUCUUUAAAAACAAUAAAAGAAGCAGACAUUUU